CUAAUAACGAAUUUCAGUUGUUGUUGCUUUUUGUUGAAACAUCAAAGUCAAUUUCUCGAAACUCGAAUCAGUGAUCCCCGGCCAGAAUUACCGCAGCAAUAGCAUUUCCACACCCACAGCAACCCAUCCAGAAGCAACAACAACUGCAACAGCAACAAAAACAAGAACGGCAACCGCAACGAGAGAGUAACAAAUUAAAUUUGGUUUUAGCCAUACACAAAAAAAUCAGCUACAAGCGCAAAGAGAGGAAGCCCAGAGACAAGAGACACAAGAGUGGAGCAGCCGAGUAGCAGAGGAGAGUAGAAGAGCAGAGAGCAACAACAACAGGAGCAUCCAUCAGCAAGUGGCAGUCCCAAACGAAGCCGUUUCAAGCAGCCCAUCAAAAUCCGUUACCGUUCCGUAGGGGAAACCAGCAACAAAGUCAGAAACACAGCACAAAUAUGUCGAGCGAUUCGAGUCGGCGUAUCCAAGUGCCCGAGGAGCUGAAGGAGGUCCUUUUGCAGUUCUCCAUUGCGUAUCUGGUGGAGCAGCCGCCGGAUGUGAUCGAUUAUGCCGCUGACUAUUUCAACAAGCUGCAGGCCAAUCGUCCGGCUCCGGCCAAUCAGGAUCAAAGUCAGGAUGAUCAGCAGAGCAUCAACUCCCAGGAUGGAGAAGAGCCACCAGUUAUGCAAAACUCUCGCCGUAAAUCAGUCUUUGCCGAGGCGUACGAUCCGGAGGCGGACGAUGAUGAUGAGGGAGCCACUGCCAUAUUCCCCAAAACAGAUGAACAGCGCUCACGGCUGGUGGAGUCGGUGAAAAAUGUUCUCCUCUUCCGUUCGCUGGAAAAGGAACAGAUGAACCAAGUGCUGGAUGCGAUGUUCGAGAGGAAGGUACAGCCGGGCGAUUAUAUCAUACGCCAGGGCGACGAUGGCGAUAACUUUUAUGUUAUUGAAUCGGGCAUCUACAAAGUCUAUAUUAAUGACAAGCACAUUAACACCUACAAUCACACUGGACUUUUCGGCGAAUUAGCGCUGCUCUACAACAUGCCCAGGGCGGCCACCGUGCAGGCGGAAACCAAUGGUCUACUUUGGGCCAUGGACCGUCAGACCUUCCGACGCAUUUUGCUCAAGUCUGCAUUCAAGAAGCGAAAAAUGUACGAGGAGUUGUUGAACAACGUGCCCAUGCUCAAGGCCUUGCAGAACUAUGAACGCAUGAAUCUGGCUGACGCUUUGAUCACCAAGAGCUUCGAGGGCGGCGAACGUAUCAUUAAGCAGGGUGAUGCUGCCGAUGGCAUGUACUUCAUUGAGGAGGGCACCGUGUCCGUGCGCAUGGACCAGGACGAUGCUGAGGUGGAGAUAUCGCAGCUGGGCAAGGGCCAGUACUUUGGUGAACUGGCGCUGGUGACACAUCGGCCACGUGCCGCUUCCGUAUACGCCACGGGCGGCCAUGUCCGGCUUGCAUUCCUCGAUGUCAGGGCAUUCGAGCGUCUGCUGGGACCGUGCAUGGAUAUUAUGAAGCGCAACAUUGAUGACUACGAGUCACAGUUGGUGAAGAUAUUUGGUAGCAAAAACAAUAUCACUGAUACACGAUAAAAAGUCUGAACCACCAAUAAAUAAAUCAAUCAAUCAAUCAACCAGCCACCAUAACCAACUAUAGCUAUGACUACAAAUACAAAUACAGCAGGAACAACAACCAACACCUGCGAAAAAGGACACUUGCAGGCUUCCUAGGAUUUUAAUUAGAAUUUCAUUUGGAAAUAUGAGCAAUACCACACCACACCACUCCACUCCACUCCACUCCACAGGAACAGACAAGAAACAGAACAAGAGAUAAAACCAAUCAGCAAACAAAGCACAAAUACCAAACAAGCUAGCACCCACACAAGGACACAGAAGAAUCAUUAAAACUUAAACAUGAAUAUAUAAUUGAUAAUUGAAAUUAAUCUAUAAUAAUAUGCUAAAGAUAAUGAUAAAUGAUAAAUCAUGAUGAUGAUGUGAAUGAGGGCAAUGUUGAUCAUGUUGAGAAGAAGCUUUGCAAUGUUUCUAACUUAAGAAAUGAGAUAUCAAACAAGUUAAGAAUUGUAUUGUAUGUACGAGUAUUUAGCAAUUGUAAUUUGUAAUGUAAUUUGUAUUCAAUUGAGCGUUAAAUUCGAAGAACAACAGAACAGCAUUAGCAAAUCGAUUGGCGGCUGCUCAACGGAUGGAAUCUACUGUUAAAUUUGCUUAUUUAAGUUUUGUUUAUUCAUAUAUAUUUUUGUUGUUAUCCAUUGAUUUAUACAUAAUUUAGUCAUAGUCCACUUAUUCUUUCCUUGGCUGCUAACUAUUCGAUAAGCGAAGAAGCAAAUAUACAAACUAAGAGCAAAUUGAACACGCACACACAUCAAGCAACAAGUUUAUAUCAGCAGAUUGUAAGAGGUUAUACAUAGUAUAUGCAUGUAGUACACACAUACAUACAUACAAACACAUACAUAUAAAAGAAUGAAAAUCUAAUUUAUUUAACUUGUAACAAAAUCAAUCAAUGUACUAGUCUAUACGUGAAGAAGGCAAAGCAGCUGAGAGCAGGCAGAGUGUUUCAGCCCCCGAGUAGUGGAGUAAAACUGUUUGAUUUGUCUUCAUUUGCAAGCCACUGUAUCCUCCUAUACUACAUACCACCACCAUUCGCAAUCGAUCUCACUAUAACGAAUUGAGAGAAUGUAAUUGUAAUGCAGUUCUCGGAGAGAAAACCAAAAUUAACCAGGAGUAUAAUGCUACAGGCACAAUCAAUAUGUUGCAUGGGAUCAAAUUAGAAAACUUUGAGAAAAACUAGCGAAAAACAAAAUACGAAACUUAGCACAGUGAGAGAGAGUGAAGUGCUGUGUGCAUUUGUGGGAGACAUUUGCUAAAACUGCUUCAAAAUUUCGUUUCUGGUAUGUUCGGGGCUAUAGAGGUGAACAAAAUAAAGCAAUAUCGAGGGCCUAGAUAAUGUGUACUUAGAGUGUAUUUCUGUAUUUCUUUCUAUUUUGUGUUUGAUGUUCAUUAUCUGUAUUACUAACCUAUGCCUACACCUAUACCUAUAUCUCUAUAUGUAUAACUGAAUGAGCUUAAACUAUGGUAAACCUUACACCCUAAAUCCUAAUCGACUCCAACUACUUAUGUUCUUUACAUGAAAGAAACCUCAUUGUUUGGAACAAAAUGCGUAACUAAAACAAAUCGUAGACGGAUAAUCAAUAACAUAUACACAUUUAAAAGCGGUAUGUGUAUAGGUAUACAUACAUACAUAUAGAGUAUAUAGAAAUUAACAAAUUAAACUGGCAUACCAGCAGACGACAGGUGUUCAAAGCUAAAAGAAACUACAUAUAAUAGAAACGGAAGAAAUAUCAAAUUUGCUACAGAUCGUUCAGCAAAUAGUAAUAAAUUAUAUAAUAUAUAUUAUAUACAUAUAUACAUAAAUAUAAACGAGUAUGUUUUUAAUCUUAAUUGGUGUCUAGUCUAUGUUCAAGACUUUAAAAGCAACAAAUUCUUGAAAACUUUCAACAAAACAAAAAGCAAAAUAAAAAUUAGAUGAAAAGAUUUAGAAAGAAAUCAAAUAAUAUAUAUCGAACGAUUAAAUUUCUAGAAAUUAAUUAAGAUGCUGAAAGUGCUGGCCAUUUUCUUCCACAUACCAACUACACAACCACCACACACGCAACUAAACACACACACACACACACACAAACAUUAACACGCAAACACACACACAAUACACAUACAUAUAUACACGCCAUAUUUGUAAACUAAUAUCAAGCAAAGCUCAAAGAAAACCGUGGAAAUCGCAGAUGAGAAAUUCUAAAAAAAUGCGCAAAAAACUUUAAAUAAAAUAAUGAAAACCUAUUCGUACUUUAACUGUUGUGUUGUAAUUAUGCAUAAAGCGUAUUUAUAUUAUGUGUAUGUGUAAUAGAAAUACUAAAAACAAAAACAAAUAAGAACCGACAA